AUGGUUGGCGUUGAAAUUCUCCAGAAAAACGAGCCUUACUAUUUGCCCGGUUACACCGGAUACGUACCCCGUAAUCGUUACGUCUACGGUAAAACUUACGGGGAUCUCACUCACGAAACAUUACUUGACCCAGCAGUUGAUCACGCGGAUGAACUUAUUCUCGUUGACAGGGAAACAACGCACGAAACAGUAAAACCAACGAAAGCCGACCUACAGAUCGUAAGGUCCCGAUCGGAGAGGACAGAUCCGAUCUACGCACAUCCGAUGCUUUCAGGUUAUACAGGUUUUGUGCCACAAAUGGGCGAUGAACGAGACAAACCCUUCGAAAUUCAGGCAAUUCAAGGUAUCGCAGAUUUUGAGCGACAACAACUCAAGAAGAAAGCCUCGCGCGAGCUUUUGCGCAAAACCAUCGAACUCCAAAGUGGCGUUAGGCAUCCCAACAAUGUUGAGGAACGCUUGCUGCUUCGGAGUAAAUUCAAAUUGCCCCUCAUAAUGGUUCGGCCUGAGCGCGUUGGUUUUCUCAAGUCCCAGCCCGUGAACGAAAGAUACGAGAAACCCAAAGAUUACAAUGCUUCGCCUUACUUCAUGGACAAUCUGAAUCCGGAGAAAUAUUUCAUAAACGGAUACACGGGAUACAUACCUUAUCGCCGCGUUCACUUCGGAAAAACGAGAAAAGCGAUGGCCAAUGACGGUUUGCGCGACUUUACUUCAAAUUAUCUCUAUAAGAAAAGAACCGAGUGGGCUCCUGUGGCGAUUUUUUCGGAUGAAAAAGUAGAAACUUCUCACCAAGUUUCCCCUAAGGGCUAUGAAGUUUAUCGAAAAGAUACUGCCCUCAUGCCAUCUUAUACUGGCCACGUUCCUGGAGCCAAAGAAAAAAUCGGUGCUACUUAUGGAGUCUCUUCCAAAGAUGCGCAUCGACUGAUUCAAGAUCAUCUUUUUCAUUUGGAAUUAAGAAAGUGCAAGAUGUCCUAA